CGCGAGAAAUCAUUCGCCAACGAGUCGCAGAGUGGAGCAAAGGUCUCUAGCGGAAACAGAAAUCAUCCAGCGGAACACGGCAUCCAAUUAGAAAUGAACAAGGAGUUCAUCACCCAGGGUGGUUUGCCCAUAACAUCCGAAUUGGCAACGGAUCUGCGCAAUCUGAUCUUUGGCACUGCCGCCAUCCCCAUGCGUGCCGAGUGGCUGCAGACGUCCUUUGUCUUUGGAGCGCCCAAGGAGGAGCUUGCAUACGGCCUUCGAUCGCCCCGAAACGCCACCCGUGGCCUGCUGUCCGUCGUCCAAGGAUUCGUUCUCAAGUAUUUGCUCUUCGCCCGCAAGACCAGCCGUGUGGCUGCCCUCACCGACCCGCUCCUGGCCAACGCCGAGAUGCAGCGGGAGGCCCUCUUCUGUGCCCUGGUGGAGAUACUCCGAACCAUUUCGGACAAGGGAAAGGUGACAAUGGUACUGCCGUCAGAGGACGAGGUCUUUGUGGAUCACAGUGCCAGCUACUUCCACGACUCGGUAACCGAGAAGCUCUAUGUCUUUACCCUGUCGCCCAACGAGGAGCUAGAGCAUUUUAUGAAGCGGAAUUUCAAAUACUUUUCAGAGGAAGAGACCCCUGGCACUCUGCUGUUUCUUUAUAGCGCCGUCCUCACGCGAUCCAUGGGAAAAGUGCGCACGGACCUGGACUCCUCGAAAUCCUCGCCCCUCACAAUGAGCAACCACGAGGAGGGCUCCCUGAUGAUUGUCACCUUGUUGCUGACGGGACGUGCCACGCCCUACAUACACAACGGCGUCGUCAAUGUGGGCGAUGAAAGUAGCUAUGCGGUUCCGCAGUACGGAGUGCUCAAACGAUGUAUGAUCGGUCUGCUGCUGUGGGACAUCGAGUCCUCUAGCGCAGCGGUUAAUCAAUCCCGACAGCCGGGCUCACGGCUCAAGACGCCCAACUAUCCCAUCUGGGUAACGAGCUGCACAGGCCACUACGGCGUGGUGUUCAACCGCAAUCCGGACCUGCUGCGCAACUACCACGCGGAGUCGCGCUUCGAUGUGAACUACUACAGCUGUUCGGGGCAUCAGAUACAGAUGACCAUCGACAAUCGCACGUACAAUGAGCAGGCAUUGGUCAUGUUGGAGCGGCAACCAAUCACACCGGAGGGUACCUCGAUGGCGGGAAAGCCAGCCGGAAAGGAUGGAGAAGCCAGCGCUGCUGCUGCUCCGACUCCGGGUGGAGGUGCUCCUGCCGGUGGCGGUGUGGGUGCCGCUAGCGGCGGCGGUGUUGGUGGUGCUGCUAGUGGCGCUAGCGGUAGUAGCGAUGUGGUCGCCAAGGAGGAGUCAACGCUCAACACGCCGUUGCAGCGUUUGAUUCGUACCAAGUGGGAAGAGGCAACUAUAAGCUUUCACGUGCAGCCAUCGAUGUUGAGUUAUCUUUUUAGUACCACACAGUAGAGUGCACUCCGGAUCGAGUCGAUCGGAACUAGGAAUCGGUCACACCCGAUACCCGAGAAGCUGUAGGAUCAGCCCGACUCCUUUCAAACCCCGCAAGUGAUCUUAUCUUAAAUGUGAAUUUUGCAACCGCUUUCUUUUCGAUUGAUUCGAAGCUCUCCCGUUUGAAUAAGAUCCCUGCAAGUCUUGUUGUCCGCAUGUAAGCUUGGUAUGUUGUCUCUUGAUCUAUGAUAUAAAUCGACUUUCUUGGCGAAUGACCAAUGCACAUAAGGUUUGUUUCUUAAGU